AUGUAUGUAAUGAAGAAACAUCUAAAGAAAUACCACAACAAAACAGAAGAAAAAGUUGGUAGAAUACCAAUAGAAGAUAUUUUUCCAGAAUCAUUACGAUCAUUAAAACUAGUUGAUGAGAUCUCAUUAUAUGAUUUUGGAAUAGACAUUGAUCCUUGUGAUUUUAUACUUGAUUUACAGAAUUUCAAAUAUCUUGAGAGUUUUGAAUUUUGGAGAGGUUAUUAUCAGACUAAGAAUUUGCCAAUUAGUUUAACAAGACUUCGUCUCGUGGAGAUUACAGUAAUAGAUUUCAAUGAAUUGAAAUAUUUAACGAAUUUGGUCACUCUUGAACUUUAUGAAUAUUCAGACCUACCAAAUCUUGAAAUAAAAUCACCAAAUCUUAGGUAUAUCGAUUUUUCAGAUAGCAAGAUAGGUAAAUUAACUCCCGAAAGAUUAAAAUUACCAUUAAAUGUUUUAGAAAUCAAAAUGUGUAAUUGUGAAAUUGAUUCAAUUGAUGAUUGUUUUGAAUUUCCACCAGAUUUACAGGUAUUGUUUUUAGAUGGUAAUAAUUUACAUCAAGUACCAUCGAAUUUACCAUCAAGUUUGAAAAUAUUGGGUCUCAAAUAUAAUAGAUUUGAAUUACGUUCAAUAAUGCCUAGUUUUCCUAACUCAUUGAAAUUCUUAAAUAUUGAAGAAACCGGUAUAACUAGAUGCAAGUUUGGUACAGAAUAUGAUAAAUUAGAACCAAUUUUAACUGAUUAUUAA